AUGGGUCUAUCUAAAUCGCUGAAGACGAGUGUGUGCCUCUCAUUCGGCGCUGUAGGUCAUGCGGUCGCAGCAUCAAAUGCUUCUUAUGCUCUUGGAAGCCCGCAAGUAGUGUUACCACAAAGCACUGUUGAAGGAUUUCUAGACUCGCAUAACAACUUUGUAUACCUUGGGAUUCCUUACGCGCAGACAACUGGAGGUCAGAAUCGGUGGAAGAAGCCUCAAGAUCUUAUCUUCUCCAAGAACAAUGGAUCAUUAGUCGUCAAUGCCACCUCCUACGGUCCCACCUGUCCUCAGGCCAUCUCUAACGACUACUAUAGUCGGCAAGAUGAGGAUUGUCUGAAUGUAAACGUUUGGGCCCCUUCGAAUGCAUCGAAUUUGCCGGUUUUUGUAUACAUGUAUGGAGGUGCCAUGGUGACUGGGUCCAGCAGCAAUCCUCAACUGCAAGGCAACAAUUUUGCACGCAAGGGCGUUGUGUACGUGAGCUUUAACACACGUGAGAGCAUUUGGGCGUCACCAAACUCAGCAGAGCUCAGUGGCAAGAAUGAGACACAGAACUUUAGCAUAUUGGAUGUCGAAAAAGCUCUCGACUGGAUCCACGACAAUAUUGCUGCUUUCGGCGGCGACCCUAACCAUAUUGUUUUUGGUGGUCACUCGUCAGGUGGCGUCCAGGUUGAUCACUACCUCUGGAACCAUCCAGACACUUGGCUCAAGGGCGCAGUGCAGAUGAGUGCAAAUGCCAUCUCCGGCCCGGCCUACGCCCCCGUCAAUGUAGGACUUGAUGUUGUCGCUGCAGAAGUAGGCUGCAGCACUGGUUCAGGUCAACUCGAUUGUCUUCGCGAUGUUGAUAUAUACGACUUCCAGACCACGUACUUCAACUCAACCUCGAACACGUGGUUCACGCCUGUCAUUGAUGAGAUCACUCGCUUUUCCGAUUAUACUGCUCGCUUCAACGCUGGCAGAUACGCAUCACACGUUCCAUUGCUGACUGGUAAUUCCAAUGGCGAGGGAACCAUCUUUUCCUUGGUGUACUCGGCCGAAAAUGGCGAUUUUGAUACUUGGAUCAAUACUUUUGACGCGGACAGCGCUCAUAUCCCAGAUGAGAUCCUGAUUGAAGGCUACAAUACGACAAACUUCACCAGUGAGUCCCUGAAGAGUGGCAGUCAGUACGGCGAUGCUCGCUUCAACUGCCCUGUGGACUAUUUCGUCGACAUGCGCAGCCAGAAGCAGGCUACGUGGGAGUACCGUUUCUUCGGGCAAUACGACAAUGUUGUUGGCGUCUCGGGCACCGCGCCAACUCAUGGAACAGAGGUUCCCUUUUUCUUGGGUGGCAAUGAGUGUUUUGAGAAGUUGUCCAAUGUCACGGAAGCACAGCAAGCUCUGGCUGAUUCUAUCAAUGACUGGUUUGUUGAGUGGAUAAAAAACCCCUCGGCCGGUCCAGGCUGGGACCAAGUGAAGCGAGUCAAUGGAACUUUGGCCAAGCUCGGUGUUCCUGGAGACGAGGUGUCCUUGGUCCAAGGUACAACAUCGGAGCACAACAGCCGAUGCCAGUUGGUCUACAAGCCGUACUUUCCUGACUAUCCUGUAGUACAGAGCCCUGUAUAG